AUGGAUCUUCAGGAGACUCAGCGUGUCCUUUCCGAACAUCUGCACAACCUCGCGGACUUAUUCCACCGCGUGCCAGGCUCCGCAAUUUUCCUCCGCUACGUGAAAUCAAGUUAUCAAGAUGAUCCCAUCCGCUCCGCCGUCGAACUCUUCUUGUUCCUGUUCGCCGUGCGCUACCUGCUCGCCCCGAAGUACUCGACCAAACCCGGCGUCGUGCCACUGACGGAAGACGAGAUCGAUGACUUGGUGGACGAGUGGACUCCCGAACCUCUUGUCGGGAAUCCGACAAGUCUGGAAGAGAUGGAAGUCGACAAGCGGACAGUAAUCGUCGGCCCCGUAGGCCCCAAAUCCAAACUCGCCAACGGCCGCACAGUGAUGAACCUAGGCUCUUUCAACUUCUAUAACUUCAACACGAACGAGACUCUCAAGGAACAGGCUAUCCAGACUCUCCGCGCGUACGGCGUUGGACCUUGCGGUCCGCGUGGAUUCUACGGUACGCAGGAUGUGCACAUGAAGACCGAAGACGAUGUAUCGGCGUUCCUGGGAACUGCCGCUUGCAUUAUCUAUUCCCAGGCCUUUUCGACUAUUUCCAGUGUUAUUCCGGCUUUCUCGAAACGUGGAGAUAUCAUCGUUGCGGAUAAGGGCGUUAGUUUUGCUAUUCGGAAGGGUAUUCAGAUCUCCAGAAGCAUUGUUCGCUGGUAUGAGCAUAAUGAUAUGGAGGAUCUUGAGCGCGUGCUUGCCAAGGUUACUAAAGAGCAGGCGAGGAAACCUUUGACUCGGCGGUUUAUUAUUACUGAGGGCCUCUUUGAGUCUUAUGGUGAUAUGGCUGACUUGCCUAAGAUUAUUGAACUGAGACUCAAGUACAAGUUCCGUCUGAUCUUGGAUGAGACAUGGUCUUUCGGUGUCCUUGGACGUACCGGCCGUGGUAUCACAGAGCACCAGAACGUCGAUGCGGCUGAGGUUGAUAUGAUUGUGGGAUCGCUGGCUGGUCCCCUUGUUGCCGGUGGUGGCUUCUGUGCUGGUUCAGAGGAGAUUGUUCACCACCAGCGGAUUUCCGCUGCCGCUUAUACUUUCUCCGCUGCCCUUCCUGCGCUGCUGUCCACUACUGCUAGUGCCACUAUCAACAUCCUUCAGAACAGCCCCGAGACCGUGACGCAACUUCGUGACCUUACCAAGGCCAUGCGCGCUCAGCUUGAUCCUCGCAGUGACUGGGUUUACUGCUCAAGCUCGCCUGAGAACCCUAUUCUCAUCUUGGUUGUUAAGCCUGAAGUUGUUGCUGCCAAGAGGCUCACGCCUACCGACCAACAGUUUCUCCUUCAGGAUGUCGUUGACGAGUGCCUGGCAAACGGUGUUCUCAUCACACGCCUGAAGACCUUGGAGGACAACUUCGAGCCCAAGCAGGUGGUCCCGCCAGCCCUGAAGGUGUGCGUCACGACCGGUCUUACCAAGAAAGAGAUCGAGAAGUCAGGCACAAUCAUCCGGCACGCCAUUACCAAGGUGAUGAGCAAGAGGAAGUGA